AACCUUUCCACUCCUUGGGUCCUUUCUAACAUUUAUUUUGUUUGGAAAAAGUUUUUGAAUGCAACUAUUAUUGAAAAACAACAUCAAAACGGUUUGGAUGCUCGUCGAAACCGACUGACGUGCACGCGCAGGCGUGGCUCACGCUCGUCCCCGCCACCCCUCCCCCUAGCGUGCACACGCAAAGUAAUUCAACAUUGUAUCGAAACGAGGGUUAUCAGCGAAGCAAGAGAGCUCUGGGAAAACGACUGCAAGCCAUCUAAACAACAGGCAUGGCAGCGAUUCGUAAGAAGCUGGUGAUCGUGGGAGAUGGUGCUUGUGGGAAGACCUGUCUGUUGAUCGUCUUCAGUAAAGACCAGUUCCCUGAGGUCUACGUACCCACUGUCUUUGAGAACUAUGUGGCAGAUAUUGAGGUGGACAGCAAACAGGUGGAGCUGGCUCUGUGGGAUACAGCUGGCCAAGAGGACUACGACAGGCUUCGCCCCCUCUCCUACCCCGACACUGACGUCAUCCUCAUGUGCUUCUCCAUUGACAGCCCAGACAGCUUGGAGAACAUUCCAGAGAAGUGGACUCCAGAGGUCAAACACUUCUGUCCCAACGUUCCCAUCAUCCUCGUAGGCAAUAAGAAGGACCUGCGCAACGAUGAACACACACGCCGGGAGCUGGCCAAGAUGAAACAGGAGCCAGUGAAGCCAGAGGAGGCCCGUGACAUGGCCAACCGGAUUGGAGCGUUUGGCUAUAUGGAGUGCUCAGCCAAGACGAAGGAUGGCGUGCGGGAGGUGUUUGAGAUGGCCACCAGGGCGGCACUACAGGCCCGGCGAGGAAAGAAGAGCAAUAAAUGUCUCCUUCUGUAGACUGCAUGACAGGACUCAGUCCCUGUACCAGGGGCUCUGGCAAGUGUGUGGAUGGACAAAGGGGGUUGGAUAAGCACCUGUUUACAUCUCACCGACCCCCCUCGCACUUGCCGACCGACCGUUGGAGCUCGUGUCCUUGCUUUGGGAGAUGAUCGCAGAACGUAUCAUUUUUUUGUUGAUGUUUGGUUUUUACUCGUCUUAUUUUUAAGUCAUGGUAAACAUUUAUCAGUAUUUAAAUUUCACCUGCCAAAUGCUGUUGUUGGGGCGGUCGUGAGAAGGGCUGGCCUCUGGACUGCCAGUCAAGUGCUCUGUCUGCCUGGACUCUGGGCUGGCUGCCGUUUCUUUGUUUGGAACACACAGGGCUGAACUCCUUUAAAUCUCUUAUGUACAAAUCAUUUUAGUUUUUGGAUGUGAAACCGUAAAGUAAGUGUUGAAAUGAAUAAACAGGAAAACAUGUUUAUGCAAAUCUGUAAAUAUAAGACGUGGGUAUAUUCAUAUGUAUACACAUACAUGACUGGAACUGUAUUUGUAAACUAGCCUUGGUUACAUUGUGUAAUAAAUUACUUUCUGUAACACA